CUUUCCCUCCCACCCUCCUUGACUUCUCUUCCCUUCCUAACAACAGUAACAGCCCUGCCACCUUUUCUUCUUCCUUCCCCUGUUCCGCGAACUAGGUCCAAAACUCUAACACUAGUGGUGGUGGUGGUGGUGAUGGAGGCUGGUGGCGGUGGUGGUGGUACUGGAGGAGGAGGGAGGAGGAGACUUGGUAGCAGAGAGACCAGCCCAGACCGGGCUAGAGCGGGCAACGCACAGCAACAGCAACAGAGGUUAGUGAGGCCUAUGAAGAAGGUCCAGGUCGUAUACUAUCUUAGUAGGAAUGGACAGCUGGAGCACCCCCACUUCAUGGAGCUCCCACAGGUCCCGAACCAACACCUUCGCCUCAAAGAUGUGAUGGAUAGGUUGACGGUUCUCAGAGGUAGAGGCAUGCCUUCUCUGUUCUCCUGGUCUUGCAAGAGGAGCUAUAAGAAUGGCUAUGUGUGGAAUGACCUGGCGGAGAACGACAUCAUCUACCCUGCUGAUGGCGCCGAAUACGUUCUCAAAGGCUCAGAGAUCAUCCAAGCUUGUUCUGAGAGGUUUCCACACGUCAAGAUCACCAACAGGCAGCCAAAACCGUUGCAAAUUUCCCAUAACAGACACCAAAUAGAAGUGGAAGAGGAAGAAGAAGGGAUGGAGGAGGAAGAGGAAGGGGAACAGGUCGUAAUAGAAGAGGAAGUGGCGGACAAGUUCGGUAAGGUCACAGCGACCGGGGUUUAUACUACACGGUGCUCCCGCGGCAUUUCGACGGACGAGAUCGAGCGAGUCGAGAAGCCCAUAAAAAACCGGGACCAACCCACCGAGCUUUCCCUCGACGACGCCUCCCCGCCCUCCUCCUCCUCGUCCGACAAAGCCCCGGCCGCCCAUCGGUUCGAGGACGGGGACCCGGCGGGCGAGCCCGGUCAGACCCGGAACUCGGUCCUGCUCCAGCUCAUCGCGUGCGGCUCGGUGUCGGUCAAGGGCCGGGCUGCGGGAGGCGGCGGCGGAGGGCUGCUAAAGGCCGCCGUGUCCUCUGCCGCCGCCGCCGCCGCCGCCGGUGCAUCGUCUCUGGCCGGCGGGAGGAGGGGCGGGGCGUCGAACAAGGGGUCGGUGAGUCGAUUCGCGAGUCGGGCGGGGGACGAGGACGAGUUGCGUUGCGUGUCGGAGAACCCGCGGUUCGGUCACCCCCCGCUGGAAGAGAAGGAGUAUUUUAGUGGGAGUAUUGUGGAGGGCAGCAGGGGCCCACCAGGGCCCUCACUUAAGAAGUCCAACUCCUACAAUGAAGAAAGGAGCUCAAAGCUUGGAAUUGGAGAAAGGAGGUUAGAGGUUGCGGAGGAGACAGCAGGAGUAAAAGGAAAGUGCAUCCCUGGCAGAAAGAAGCCCUCUGGCAAGCAGCAACAGCUGCAGCAGCAGCCCAAGAAAGGAUCCCAAUAAAUUGAUGCCCUCUAACUGUUCCUCAUGUUGUUAAUGCGUUAGAAAGGUCGUCUGGUUCCCUAUUUAUAUCUCCCCCCCCCCCUCCUCUCUCUCUCUCUGCAGUAUUGCUGUACUUUAUGGGUUUGACUUUGGUUCCUGACAAGAAAUAUUGGGGAUGCUUGGGAAUGGGCCCUGCAAGGAUUUAAUGUUCCUAGCAGAGAUCUUGUUUGGAGUAGAUGCUAGAUUCCGUUCUCCUGUUAAA